AUGUCCCAGUCCUCGCUACCGAUGGACAGAGAGCGACAACAUCACUUUCGAAGCUCAACCGAAGCGUCAUGUGGUGAGCUGGUGCGCCAGUACCUGACCGAGACGGACGAGCAAGAAGCACUCGUCGUUCUGCGCGAGCAUUUCUGGCACGACCAACGCAUCACCUCGGACGAUGUCCGCGUUGUCGUGCGUGCGGUCGCCAGCCACAAGGGCGCAAUUAGCUUUCCACCCGACUUUCCGCCCACGCGCUGGAUCCUUGCGUUCAAGCGCGCGCACGGCUUCGCACAUGCCGACGAUGUCUUCGCAUUCGGGCUGCCCGAGCGGGCCCACGUGGGGAGUCGCACCCACAGCAGCGCCGUGCGUGCAACAAGUAGCAUCCAGAUGAGUGAUGGUAGUAGCGAUGACGAGAAAGUGCAGCAUGCGGACAAUGUGCGACAGCGACCCGCAGAUACAGCAUACUCGUCGACAGCAAAGCAGCAGCAGCACCGCUCCUUGGUUGUGGACAACUACCGUGCAGGACAUGGUUCCAGGCAUAAAUGGAGCAACGAAGAGAUCAGCUUCAACGCCAGCAGUGGUAGCGGCGACAGCGAGAAUGACACGACGACUGGGACUAGCAGCAGCUCGAGUGUCAGUGCAGCACCUUCUACUGGUAGCGCGGACAACAAUAGAGAUGGCGGUGUUUCCCCCCAAUACUUUGAUCCGACCUCCAGCGCGAAACGUGGCUACAAGCUGAGCCACACAGUGUCACCGGAGACAUGGGAUAGAGCAAUCGCGGCUGUGGAACAGCAGGGGAUGAGUCUGCGCGCCGCUGCCAGAACUUACGGUGUGCAUUUUGCAGCUCUCCAUCGCCGCGUGAAGAAGCGUGCGCAGGGAGGACAUUCGUCCAAGGGCACCAAUGGUUACUUUCAUCAGAGCGAUGAGGCCGGAAUCAUGCGCGUGGUGGUGGCCCGCGCGGAGCUGGGCGUGUUGAUGACGUUCGAUGAGCUUAUGAAACUGGUCGAGGUGGCUGCGUUGCGCAAACUUCCGGACAUCUCGGUGGCUAAUGCGCGCGAGCUGAUGGUACGCUUUCAGUCACGCAAUGAGCAGUCGGUUCGGCAUAUUAUCGUGGACUGGCCGCCAUCGGUGCCCACGACGUCAUUGGGCCCAGUUGCCAGCCACCAUCAUCUGGAGCACCCAGGCUAUGAUUACAGAUCCAAGUCCUCACCGCCAUCGACGAGCCGCAAAUGCUCGCGGCAUACUGUUGUGGGUGGCUCGGCAACGGAAGUAACUGUGCCCGCGGCGCCUUUGCACCUUUUGCUGCCUUCCUCCUCCAUUAACGGCAGCACCUCUUCCAUCAUCUCAUCCGUCAAUGGCAACCAAUCCAUGCUGCCGAGUUUGAGUGUCGGCAUGCAAUAUAUGCGGCCCCUGCUCAGCAGCAGCAACAGCAAUCUCAGCGCAUAUUCUGUAGCCGAAUAG